GUUGUAACUAUGGGCUAUACAUUUUGGGAAUGGCCCAUAUAGAAACUUAAAAAGGCCAGCAAUAAAAGAAGAUAUGGUGUCUCUACUCCGAAGCUAGAGGCUCUUACUCACUUCCACUACAGCAGAAAGAUAAGACGAAACAAGAAUGUCUGUGUCAGCGAUCUUUGGCACCGGACUCGUCACCGCCGCUGCUUCUCCGGCUCUCAGCCAAUUUCAAAUUCCUAAAAUGGGAAACGGAGGAGGAUUGGGAAUGGUGAUAGAGUGUUCGUCGAGGCCGCAGAAGAAAUCGACGGCACAUCACAGGAAGACGAGGCCGAAGAAGACGCAGCCUUGGGACAUUAAGAGAAAGCCCACCGUUUAUGCUCCUCUUCCUCCUCUCCCUCCGGAUUGGUCUCCGCUCGCUCUUUCUUCCGGCGACAUUAGUGCCGCCUCCGCCGGAGAUUUGGCUUCAGGCGCCGCCGCGUAGUUAUGAAGUUAUCUGCUGGUCUGGUUGUAAUCUUGUCUGAAAGCUUUUGUUAUUUGUCUGUUUCUGUUUAUUCGUUUUUCAGUUUUUUGUUUCUGUGUCUGCUGUCUGCUUCUUCUGUGGGGCCCACUUAUGUGAAA